AUGGUGGACGAACCGUCCGCCAAGCGUCAUCAUGCAGAGACGUCGGACAAGAGGAGCAACCUCGUCGACAUUAACAUCCCCGGCGAGAAGCGCGACUGCACCAGAACGCUCGAAGGGGUUGAGCUCCACGGCAAGGAGACGCUGGAGAUCGUUUGCACCAGCGAACCAGACAAGGUCGACGAGAUGAUGAGCAGGCUUAGGAGGAAGGGCGGCGGCUUGUAUCCGAGCUUCAUCGGAGUUGAUGUGGAGCCCAAGCGCCUCAAAGACUUCCUGCAGGAGGAGAAAUUGUACACAUUUGUUGGUUUCAGCAUUGGAGGUGACAAGCAGAUGCUGGAGAAGUGUGGUUUGGAAAUCAACCCCAACAACUUCAUCGACAUGUAG